UGGUAAUCCCGGUAUGAAUUGGUCAGAUUCGCGUCAAAAUUUGGCGCCUGAGGCCUUGUUGUUUUUGUGGAUAUACCAAACGACGCAAACAAACUAACAAUGAGCGCUGUGUAUUUUUAAAACAAUUCACUAAAGCAUGCUCGGGAACUGACGGAACGUGUGGCGGAUCUUAAGAGCUAUCAACAGCCUGCGUGAUCAUCAGCGUGAGAAGUGCAGUGGGAGUGGAGCCCUGAGCGGAGGAUCAUGAGCGAGCUGGAGCAGUUGCGGCAGGAGGCCGAGCAGCUGCGCAAUCAGAUCCGAGAUGCCAGGAAAGCAUGCAGCGACUCCAGUUUGUCCCAGAUCACAGCUGGACUGGAUUCAGUGGGGAGGAUCCAGAUGCGCACGAGACGAACCCUGCGGGGCCAUUUAGCCAAAAUCUACGCAAUGCACUGGGCUACUGAUUCCAGGCUACUAGUGAGCGCAUCUCAAGAUGGAAAGCUCAUCAUAUGGGACAGCUACACAACAAACAAGAUCCACGCCAUCCCCCUGCGCUCCUCCUGGGUUAUGACAUGUGCCUACGCUCCGUCUGGGAAUUACGUAGCAUGCGGAGGCCUGGACAACAUCUGCUCCAUCUAUAGCCUGAAAACCCGCGAGGGCAAUGUCAGAGUCACCAGAGAACUGCCCGGGCACACGGGAUAUUUAUCGUGUUGUCGAUUCUUGGAUGACAGUCAGAUUGUCACCAGCUCCGGAGACACCACAUGCGCUCUGUGGGACAUAGAAACCGGUCAGCAGGCCACCAUCUUCUCAGGCCACAGUGGAGACGUGAUGAGUCUGUCUCUAAGUCCAGACUCCAGGAGCUUCGUAUCAGGAGCCUGCGACGCCACGUCUAAACUCUGGGACAUCCGAGACGGCAUGUGCAGGCAGUCCUUCACUGGGCACGUCUCCGACAUCAACGCCGUUUGUUUCUUCCCUAACGGCAACGCGUUUGCGACCGGCUCAGACGACGCCACAUGUCGCCUUUUCGACCUGCGCGCCGACCAGGAGCUCAUGAUGUACUCCCACGACAACAUCAUCUGCGGCAUCACGUCCGUGGCUUUCUCCAAGAGCGGCCGUCUGCUCCUCGCCGGCUACGACGACUUCAACUGCAACGUCUGGGACACGCUGAAGGGAGAGCGCGCAGGCGUUCUCGCCGGACACGACAACAGGGUGAGUUGUUUAGGGGUGACUAACGAUGGCAUGGCCGUGGCCACCGGCUCAUGGGACAGCUUCCUCAGGAUAUGGAACUGACCUGAGUGGACAGGACUGGAGGUUGUUGCGCCACUCUGACCAAUCACGGUCACUGUAGCGGCCUGCUUCGACAGAGGAAGCCCUUUACACCCCCACCCCCCUCCUCUCUUUUAUUCUUUCUUUUUUCCAGUUGAUCUACUCUUCCUAAAUCUUUUCCCUAAGGCUACGUCACUGAUCCCAUUCCUGGUGUCCACAGGGCGGAGCUCUGGGGACCCCCCC